AUGUUUGGAAGUGCGGUAGCUGGCAGGAUAUGCUCCAUUGAGGGCAACAAUGCCUGCGCGGACUGUGGAUGCUCGUCGCCACGAUGGGCCAGCGUUAACCUAGGCGUGCUGCUCUGCAUAAACUGCUCAGGUGUUCAUCGUAUGCUUGGAGUACACAUAUCCCAAGUGAAAUCGCUUACCCUGGAUAACCUGAAACCUGAGUGGAUCAAGGUGCUCACGGAAGUUGGAAACUAUUUAGCAAACAAGUACUACCUACACAAGUUGCCCGCACGAGCCCCCAGACCAAAUGCAAAUACACCACCGAAAGAAAUGGAGAUGUGGAUCCGUAACAAGUACGAACGUAGGGUAUAUGCUAUGGAUGGCGUAGAAGAGCCGUACAUUCUAGUCGCUAAAGGCUAUAAUGCGCGAGAGGUAGUCACGAGAGGUGCCAUGGGCCAGAGCGCCCAUCAGCAACCUUCAUCUGCCCAGCAUGUGACCCGGGACAAUGUAACCGCGGGAUUCAACGCUUUUGAAGCAAGUAGACCUGGGCCCACACAUGAUGACCUGUUUGGCAACAACAAAACACACAAUACGCCAUUUGAUGCGUUUCAAGACACUGCACCAGCUGCUAAAUGGUCUGGUGAUUUCUGGCCAAGUACACCCGCUGGCAAUGCUGGCCAACGUACUUCAUUCGAUAACGACAUGGUCCGUACUGUCGUAUCCAGCAACAGCUUCGAGUCAGGCAAACUAACAGAGACCAAGAUCGAGGCGGCAAAAGACUCUAUUUCGAAACUUUUCGAUAAUCCGCAGCAAAUAGGUUUCAAAAACUCCUCAUACUCUCAAACUACACCCAGCUGCGCUCAGGGAGACCUCUUCGACUUCAAUUUCAGCAGCUUGGGCGACAAGCUGAACUCACAAAAGAAUCAAAAUGAGGACUUGAUAUGA